AUGUCUGUCGAAACAAUCACUACCAUUUCUCCUAUCACCAACAAGCCAGUCUUGACCAGAACUGGAAUCUCUGCGGAAGAUUUACAGCAAUUGCCCGUCACUGCCACCGAAGCAUUCUUGAAGUAUCGUAAGACUUCAUUGAAAGAACGUCAAGAUAUCGUAAAGAAGGCUCUUAAGCUCUUGAACGAUAAGCAAGAUGAAUUGGCAAAGGAGUUGACGGAACAGAUGGGCCGACCCAUUGCCUAUACUGCGAAAGAAGUUACCACGGCUGUGAAGAGGGGCGAAUACCUUUUGAAGAUCAGUGAGGAUGCAUUGAAAGACACAGAUGGAGAGGCAGAGAAAGGAUUCAAGAGAUUCAUCAGAAAGGUGCCAGUUGGACCAUGUCUCAUCCUCUUUGCAUGGAACUACCCCUAUCUUAUUCUCGUCAACUCUCUGAUACCUGCUCUUCUCGCCGGUAACUCGGUCAUUCUCAAGCCAUCUCCGCAGACGCCUACAAUUGUUGAACAUAUGGCAUCCAUCUUCUCUGAAGCUGGCCUUCCAGAUAACGUCAUCCAAUAUUUCCAUUGCGGCUCCCCCCUCAUUAUCGAAUCUAUUGUUAGAGAUCCAAAGGUAGCUCUCGUGUGCUUCACUGGAUCUGUAGCUGGUGGUUUGGCUACAGCUAAGGCAGCAGCAGAUAGAAUCGUGAAUGUUGGACUCGAACUUGGUGGUAAAGAUCCCGCAUACGUAAGAGGUGAUGUUGAUGUAGCGUGGGCAGCUGAGGAGAUCGUCGAUGGAGCUGUUUUCAACUCGGGUCAAAGUUGUUGUAGCUUGGAAAGAAUCUACGUUGAUGAGAAGAUCCAUGAUGAAUUCAUUGAGGCGUUGCAGAAUGUCUUGAAGAACUACAAAUUAGGUGAUCCUUUCAAUAAGGAAACGCAUGUCGGCCCCGUCGUCUCAAAGAGGUCAAAGGAAACGAUCGAGGCACAUAUCAAGGAUGCAUUAGAUAAGGGUGCCAAGGAUCUCACGCCCGAGAAUGAAACCUUCAAGUCUCCUCCUUCAGAAGGCAACUACGUUAAACCUACGUUGCUUGGUAAUGUCGAUCAUAGCAUGACUGUGAUGACUGAGGAGACCUUCGGUCCAGUCAUUCCCGUGAUGAAAGUAAAGAAUGAUGAAGAAGCCAUCAAACUCAUGAAUGACAGUGAGUUUGGCUUGACCGCCUCAAUUUGGACCAAAGACACGGCCAAAGCAGCCGAAUUAGCUGAAGACGUAGAGGCUGGAACUGUCUUUGUGAACAGAUGUGAUUAUCCAAGCCCUGACCUUGCAUGGACUGGAUGGAAAAAUUCCGGAAGGGGCGUCACUCUGAGUAAAUUUGGCUUUGAACAAUUCGUCAAGCUGAAGAGUUACCACUUGAAGGAUUACCCUAAAUAA